AGCCAAUCAAAUGUCGCAAUUUGAACGACAGCCAAUCCGUGAUCAGGAACGGAAACCUCUGGAGGGCAAAUUAACAUGGCAACCGCGGCCAAGAAGAGCUCGUGGGAAGUGCUGAGCCAAGGCGCUGAAGCUAUCGUGUACGCCACCGACUUUGCCGGUCGACCUUGCGUUAUCAAGGAACGCGUUGUCAAGACAUAUCGGUUGCGACAGCUGGACAAGAAGCUCAGCCACCGCCGCCUCGUCCAAGAAGCGAGAUGUAACUUCAAAUGCCGAAAGGCUGGCGUCGACACACCUUGCAUCUUCUUGAUCGACGAGGCGAAGGGCCGAUUGUACAUGGAGCGUAUCCAAGGCAUGAGCGCGAAGCAGUACCUGUACGACUCGUACAACGCGACCACGCAGCAGUAUGCGACGGAUGCAUUGGCUGUGUGCUACCAGAUUGGGGUCGCCAUCGCUCGCAUGCACGACGCAGAUAUCGUCCACGGAGACUUGACCACGUCCAACCUGAUGAAGAAGGACAGUCUCAGCACCAUCGUACAUACCACCUUCUCCCACCCAUCGGACGAUAAAGCUCUUCGUAGACGGUGAUCGACUUUGGUCUGGCUAACUCGCAGCCGUUGCCAGAGGACAAGGCCGUCGACUUGUACGUCAUGGAGCGAGCCUUCCAAAGCACCCACGUGCACUCGGAACCCCUGGUGGCGGAGAUUCUGCGCGCGUACAAAGCCAAGUCGCGACGCUCAGAUGCGACUUUCCACAAGUUAUAUCAAGUGCGUUCCCGCGGCCGGAAGCGCACCAUGGUCGGGUAAUCAAAGAAUGAAAUUACCAUCGAUUUACUGCCCGUAUAAUAAAACAUGG